AUGAUUUCAGCUAAUUAUAAAGGUAAAACUUCCUCCGAUGAAGAAGAUGAUGAUCAGGGUUCACGGUCAUCUCCGUCGGAGCGUCCAGUCCAGGCGCAAAGUCUGUCUUUCAGCGUCGAAGCCCUCGUGUCGAAGAAAGGACGGAGUGAAUCAUCUUCACACGAACCGAGUUCGAUGCCCUGCUUUAUAAAUCCGGACGACCGAUCACUGAUCUAUCCAGAGUCGGUGGAUUUCCCCAAACGCUGUCAAUCUGUCAAAGAGGACUCUUCCUGGAUCAAUAAACCCAGAUUAUCACCACGAGCGCAGAGUCCCGCGACAUGCACUCUCCGAAAGCACAAGACGAACCGUAAACCCCGAACCCCUUUCACCACAGCUCAACUCUUGGCCCUUGAGAGGAAGUUUCGUCAGAAGCAAUACCUGUCUAUCGCCGAACGCGGCGAAUUCUCCAGCUCUCUCAGCCUGACCGAGACCCAGGUGAAGAUCUGGUUCCAGAACCGAAGAGCGAAGGCCAAGCGGCUGCAGGAGGCAGAGCUGGAGAGGAUCAAAAUGACCAGCAAACUCCUCUUACAUCCCGGCCUCAGUCUGCCGUUUCCACUCUGUACGCAGACCCAGACAGCAGCUCUCUUGUGCGGACAGUCUUUCCACUUCAGCAGACACAUGCUGCCCUUUGCACCUCCAGGAAUAUACUCCACACCGAUGGCUUACAGAGUGUGUCCUCUCUCCAAAGACGGCUUCUCUGUGGAGCCAGUCUAGAGGAUAUCUAUCUAUUCCUGGAAACACUUCUGGUUUAUCUGCUGGACAUACUGACAUUAUACAAUUGUAUGUAUGCUUAGGAUUACUUUAAUUAUCAUUGUUAAAUGUUACUUUACACUCUUAAAAAUUAAGGAUCCUAAAAGAGGUUUUCUGAUGAAAUAGAAGCAUUCUGGGUUCACCAAAGAACCUUCCAGUGAACAGUUUAAUAAAAGAACCUUUUUCUUUGUGUAAAUAACAUGGAAAGACCCUUUUAUACCAUGUUAAAGUUCCAUGGAUGUUAAAGAUUCUUCACAGAACCAAAGAUUCCAAAAAAGAAUCUUAAUUUGUAAGAGUGUAAUCUACUUUGGAAGCCACAAAGAAUAAAUGAAAUGUAGAUUAGCA